UAGUGACCAAAUAUCUCAUCGGAAAUCAGUUGACCUUGCUAUAAUUCUUGUGGGGCGGGCGACGUAUAAAACCCAAGAACAACAAGAGGCGCGGCUGUUUCACCACUUUGCUGUUUCACACGCGCUGUCACUGGUCAAAUAACAUGAAGAUUUUCGUACUGCUUUUAGCAGUUGUAGCAUAUUCUUCUGCACAAAAAGGAGGACCAUACACCACCCCAGUACCAAUCUUGAAACAAAUCGACAAGCAUAACGACGAUGGCUCAUACAGCUACGGGUACGAAAACGCUGACGGUACCUACAAAAUCGAAACUAAAUACCCCACAGGAGAGGUUUAUGGUAAAUACGGGUACAUAGACGACAGGGGUAGUCUUCGUGAGGUAGAAUACGGUGCUAGCAAACGUGGAUUUGAACCAGCUGGUACCGACGUUACUGUUGCACCUCCCACAUUGGUUCAAAGCCAAGACGCUCAAAGACCUCUGGGUCCUGAUGAAGAGGACGAUGGACAGUACCGUGAAGACCCAGCGAUUUACUACCAAAACGAUCCAGAAUUUGUUCCCAAAUCUCCUUCGUAUAAUUCAUACGAACGACCAUCAUACGAAAUGAGCUACACACCUUCAACUUACACCAGACCUGCUCAAGCAAUUCAGCCAGCAUAUACCCCACCAAAACCAGCUUAUACCCCAACUUACCAACCCCCUGCACCUGUAUAUAACCCUCCAGCUCCUAGGUAUAACGACUAUUACAAUAAUAGAGUCAAUAACUAUUCGCCCCCACCUCAAUACAACUACGCCGCACCUCAACCAAGCUACUGGAACCCAUCCCCCCAAAACUAUCCUGGAUUCAAUGCUUUUAGGGGAAGUCCAGCUCAAAAUGUUGAUAUCUGGACUGGAAGUUACACUGUUAACUAUAGAUAAACUUUCAAAAGAGACUUGUAAAUACUUUUUUCUUGUACCUAUGUAAUCCUAGUCUUAUUCUGAUGCCUUAUUUAAGAGAAAAAACCUUUUUGCCAUAGUUUUAAGGACCUAUAACUUAUAAGAUUUUGUAUGCUGUGUGAUAGGAAAUAAAUAAAUACCUUUAGUAUUA